AUGUUUCUAAAAUAUGCAAGAGUGAGGCGCAAAGAGGAGAUCAAUUCAUUUUUCCCUCAAUCUCUUUUUUUGAGAGAAUGGAUAAUUUCAAAAUUUAUUUCACUACAUUUAUUUGACCGAUUACGAUGUAGUUUGAUGUGGUGCAAUGGAAUUGAAGCGAUUUGGUUUGUAUGUAAAGCUGUCUCUCAUAAGCUGCAGUUUGAUUUAAAAGGCACUACUGAAGUUUUACAUAAUGACACGAGUUCUGAGUUCGGCCUUCGUAUAAUUUUGUUUUCAUUAUCGUGGGAAAAUGCAUUCUUAUCAAUAACUGUUCUUCUUUUGCAAAAUUUUGCAUUAGUAGGUUAG